AUGUGGGCACUGACAACCCUCCUGAUCCUGGUAUCAAGCAGUGGACAUGCUGCUCCUCUGGAGAAGCCCACACUCUCUCUGCACCCACCCUGGACUACAAUCUUCAAGGGGGAGCGGGUCACCUUGCGUUGUGACGGGUACCACCCUCUGCUCCUGGAGCUCCGACCCAUCAGCACACUCUGGUAUUUGGGCCACCUGCUCCUGCCCUCACACAAGAAGAGCAUCGAGGUGCAGACACCAGGGGUGUAUCGAUGCCAGACACGGGGAGCCCCUGUCAGUGACCCUAUCCACCUCUCUGUAUCUAAUGACUGGCUGAUCCUGCAGGUGCCCUACGCUGCGGUGUUUGAGGGUGAGUCUCUGAUCAUGCGCUGUCGCGGCUGGUACGACAAGGUGGUCUACAAGCUUCACUACUACCGCGAUGGCCAGGCGGUGCGCUACUUCCACUCCAGCGCCAACUACACCGUGCCGCAGGCGCGCACCAGCGACAGCGGGCGCUACCAGUGCUCCGGUACCAUGCGCAUCCCGGUGGAGAGCGCGCCCAUGUUCUCCUCCAAGGUGGCGGUGACCGUGCAAGAGCUGUUCCCGGCGCCGGUGCUGCGGGUGACCGGCCGGGUGGAGGCGCGCGGCGCGGCGCCCGGCGGGGUGGUGGUGCGCUGCGAGACCCGCCUGCACCCGCACAAGCCCGACACGCCGCUGCAGUUCGUCUUCUACAAGUACAGUCGCGUCGUGCGCCGCUUCGACUGGGGCGCCGAGUACACGGUGCCGGAGGCCGAGGUCGAAGAGCUGGAAUCGCACUGGUGCGAGGCGGCCACCACGAGCCGCAGCGUCCGGAAACGCAGCCCGUGGCUGCAGCUCCCCGGGCGCGGCUCUCCUCUGGACCUGGCCUUCACCACGGCCCCCGUUCCGCAGGCCGUGGCCUUGGCGCCCAGUAACAAGCCGCUCUCCUUCCGAAAACCUCUCGUGGCUAGAUCGGUCCCAUCCGUCAGCUCCAUCUCAAACACCACCGCAUCGGGACUGCUGUUCCCCAUUGGCAGCGCCCCCACUGCCGGACCCCCGGCCUGCGCUCCCCCCACGGCCCUGGAACCUUCUGCCGCGGCAGCCCUGCAACCCAGCGUGGACCUUCUGCUCCGAGAGAUGCGGCUGCUCAAAGGCCUUCUGAGCCGCGUGGUCCUGGAGUUCAAGGAGCCGCAGGCCCUCCCGGGAACACCCGAGACCCCCACUAACCACUUGGCUGUGAGCCAGGGAAGCCCGAAGACCACUACUGUGGAGAGCUGA